AUGGGAUGCCAUUGUACAAAAACUAAGGAAAUAAAACAAUCUAAAUAGUUGAAACACCCUAAUUUAAUAAAACUAAAACCAAUCCUUUCGGAUCAAAACACUUAAUCUCCAAUUACGACCGACUAGAUGAUAGAUGAUUUAGAGGAUAUGAAACCACCAAAAUUGUGUUAUAUAAGUAAUACAAGUAUAGGAGGGAUAGGGAAACAAAAGCAGAUCCAUAGAGUAAUAGGAGGAAAGAAGGAAAUAUUUUCCUAUUUAUAUAUUCGUCCCUAUCAACCAUAUUAAUAAAAGUGA